GUAGACGUACACAAAAUGCCUUAUUUUACAAGACUCAUUUUGUUUUUGUUUUGCCUGAUGGUUCUUGGGGAGAGCAGAAAGCCCAGGAGGAAGAGAUGGACAGGGCAGCUGGAAAUGCCCAAGCCAAGUAACUCCUACAAAAAGAACCUCGAUGUGACCAAAAUCGGAACAGGAAAACCUCAGCAGCUUCUCAGAGUGGAUGACCAUGACUUCAGCAUGAGGCCAGCCUUUGGAGGCCCUGCCAUCCCAGUGGGUGUGGACGUGCAGGUGGAGAGUCUGGACAGCAUCUCUGAGGUGGACAUGGACUUCACCAUGACCCUGUACCUGCGGCAUUACUGGAAGGACGAGAGGCUGGCCUUCCCCAGCACCAGCAACAAGAGCAUGACCUUUGAUGGCCGGCUGGUGAAGAAGAUCUGGGUCCCAGAUGUCUUCUUUGUUCACUCUAAAAGGUCAUUCAUUCACGACACCACCACUGACAACAUCAUGCUGAGGGUGUUCCCAGAUGGCCAUGUGCUGUACAGCAUGAGGAUUACUGUCACCGCCAUGUGCAACAUGGACUUCAGUCACUUUCCCCUGGACUCCCAGACCUGCUCUUUGGAGCUGGAGAGCUAUGCGUAUACAGAUGAAGAUCUGAUGCUGUAUUGGAAGAAUGGGGAUGAAUCCCUAAAAACGGAUGAGAAGAUCUCCUUGUCUCAGUUUCUGAUUCAGAAAUUUCACACAACUUCCAGACUGGCCUUCUACAGCAGCACCGGCUGGUACAAUCGACUGUACAUUAACUUCACGUUGCAUCGACACAUCUUCUUCUUCUUGCUCCAAACCUAUUUCCCUGCCACCCUGAUGGUCAUGCUGUCCUGGGUGUCCUUCUGGAUUGACCACAAAGCUGUGCCUGCCAGAGUUUCACUGGGCAUCACGACGGUGCUGACCAUGUCCACCAUCAUCACGGGCGUGAACGCCUCCAUGCCCCGCGUGUCCUACAUCAAGGCCGUGGACAUCUACCUCUGGGUCAGCUUUGUGUUCGUGUUCCUCUCGGUGCUGGAGUACGCGGCGGUCAACUACCUGACCACAUCGCAGGAGUGGAAGGAACGGAAGCUGCGUGAGAAGGUCCCAUGCAUGUGUGGAAUGCCUCACUCAAGAACAAUGAUGUUGGAUGGAAGCUGCAGCGAGUCUGAGGCCAACAGCCUGGCUGGGUACCCAAGAAACCAUAUUCUGACAGAAGAAGAAAGGCAAGAUAAAAUAGUGGUCCACCUGGCCCUGGGCAGUGAGUCUAGCUCCUCCAGGAAGAAGGGGCUUCUCAAGGGCCAGAUGGGGCUUCGCCUCUUCCAGAAUACCCAUGCCAUUGACAAAUACUCCAGGUUGAUAUUCCCUGCCUCCUACAUAUUUUUCAAUUUAAUUUAUUGGUCAGUGUUUUCCUAGGGGCUCCAAGGCCAUGCCUAUUUAAGGGCAUGGACAUCCAUGGGUGGACACACAGAGCAGAAGCUCCUGGACCACCAUGAGCAGCAUCCCCUCUCUCAGAAGAGCCCAGGGGCCCUCCUGCUGCCCUCACCCUGACCUCGUGGGUUCACUCCCUGUUCACACUGUGUUCUGUGUCACACUUUACACCUCUCUGAACAGAACGUUUUCUGUUCUUGCACGAGAACUUGUUCACAAGAAAUCCCCUCCUAUUAAAAAAAGAGAGACUCAAAUGCCUUUCAGAUGUUCCAAGACCCUCAUAAAAACUAG